AUGCAGGCAGAUACAAAAUGUGCAAUAUGCUUGGACUACAUGAGAGAGCCUGCCACCAUUGAGUGUGGGCAUAACUUCUGCCAGCCCUGCCUCCAACAGUACUGGCAUGAAGAUCUGGACAAAUUCACUUGCCCUGUCUGCAGACACACUUGUCAACAGAGGCACUGGACUGCCAACAGCCAGCUGGCAAGGAUCAUUGAAAUCACCCAGCUCCUCCCCAGCAGGAGUGAGGAAGUGCAGCAGCAGGAGACAAGGUUGUGUGAGAGGCACAACCAGGUGCUGAGCCUCUUCUGUGAGGAGGACCUGGAGGUGCUGUGUCCUGGCUGUGUUCAGCCCCCUGACCACCAGCACCACCACGUGAGGUCCAUGGAGGAGGCUGCUUCUCACUACAGACAGAUGAUCAAUGUUCACACCAGCACCCUGAUAAGCUGUUCAGAAUUUCAGCAAGAUACAGACAGACAAAUCAAAAAUCUGCAGAAAAAGAAAGAUUGGCUGAGCAAACAGAGGUUGAAGUUCAUCAAUGAACUCGUGUCAGAAAGAACUGUGAAGGCAGAUCUGCAUAUGCUGACUGGGGUUGGAAAGGUCUAUGGCAGAUGUGAGAGCGUGGAGAUCCCAACUGUGUGCUCCGUUGACCUAAAGAGGGAGGGAUGGAGUCUCCCUCCACUGAAUUCAGACCUGCAGGUGAUUAGACACAUAUUCAGAGAAGAUGUGACUCUGGAUCCACACACUGCACAUCCUCAUCUCCAUGUGUCCAAGAACAAGAGAUCUGUGACCUAUAUGGAGGAAAGUAGGAAUGUUCUUCAAAGACAACAGAAAAUUCCACUUGUUCUUGAAGUCCUGGGUUCUGAAGAGUUCUGUGUCGGCCGCCAUUACUGGGAGGUGCAGGUAGAGGACAAGCCUAGCUGGGCCAUAGGGAUGUGUAUCCACUCCCCAUCAGGCAGGUUGCAGCAGCUCCCCCUCUUUCAGAACAGGUGCUGGACCAUUCAACUGCAGGAUGGAGACUAUGUGGCAAGAGGUGCAAAGCUCGUUCCUCUGGCCUUGAAGACCAAGCCCAGAGGCAUUGGAGUUUACCUGGACUAUGAGCUGGGUCAGAUUUCCUUUUACAAUUUGAAUGACAGUUCCCACAUCCAUUCUUUCCGUGAGACACUUUCUCAUCCACUGAAGCCCUAUUUCUGUUUGGGAAAAGAUUCUAAACCUCUUAGCAUCUGUGCUCAAGAUGGCUAUGAAGGAUGA